CUCUCCUUCACAAUACCUGUCUCUCUCUCUCUCUCUCUGUGCAACUGACUCCAAAUCCCUAGAGUUUGAAUUGGGUCACAGGACAAAGAAAAUGGCAAAGAGCAACAACAAAGAGGAGCCCAGCACUGCUCCACAGCCAGAGAGGUGGUACAACCUAGCCUUAGGACCUUCUUUCAAGGAUCACCAUUCCUCUUCCAAGUUCUGCACUUUACGUUAUGAAUUUAAACCAGCUUCAAUUGAUAAGAACCAAUCCGGGUCACUCCAUAAGAACAAGGACAACAGAGUUACAGUGGAAUUUCACAAUAACCAACAUGGGAAGCCCAAAGUUAGCUUUGAAGGUAUCAGUGAGGAUUACAAGGAGAAUGAUGCGGUCUUGUUCUUUGACGGUCAGAACUUUCGGUUGGAGCGGUUGCACAGAGCAGUGAAGCGGCUGAGGCAUGUUCGGUUGCCUGGUGAGUCCACAGCUGCAGCUACCUCAGCUCCAACUGCUUUGGUUGGAGCAACUGCAGAAUCUUAUUCACCACCACUGGAUAAAGAGGCAAAAGUUCAGUCUUUGAACAAAGGCAUGGUUCAUCAAGUAUCGGCUGAGUAUGAACAAAUUGAUGUUGGCAACUCAGAGAGCUUAGCUGUGAAAGCUAAAAAUGAGAAGGAAGUGGAUUAUCCACCUUCACAUCCAAAUCCAUCAACUUCAUCACCAGACUCCACGGAUUUUGAACUGGAGGAACAUUUAGAUAUAGUCAAUGAUGAUGAUGACGAUGGUUGUGGAACAGCUGAGAAAGAAAAUAUUACUAAACUUGAAUUCAACUCGGUUUUUGAUAUUAACUUACCACAUCCAGCUGACAUGGACGAUGAGAUUGCUGAAGUAGACGUCAGUGAUGAUGAAACAGAUAACGGCCCCAAUGCUGCUGAAGCCCUUAGAGCUCAGGUGAAUGCUGAGGCGAGAGAGGAACAGACUUCAAGCGCCAGCAGUAGCAGUCGGAGUGACAGUAGUGGGAGUAGAAGCGGAAGCGAUAGUAGCAGCACUGAUAGUGAAAGCAGUGAUGGUAACUCUGUCAACUCUAUCUAGUAUGAACCGAGCGGAUCACCUUGGAACUAAUUUCUGUAACCUUGGUUGACAUAAUGUGGUUUUCGCCCAUGGACCAUGGUCAAGAAGUGCUUAUUGAAAUGAACAUCGAGGCAAAAGAGUGGGAAUGUGUCUCUUGGAGCUAAACUUGACACAUGCAGCUUUUAUAAAUGAUGGCCAUGUAAAGGUCACACCAGCUCUGGGAGUCGAAGUCUAACAGCAUUACCAAUGUCUACAAAAACUGAGCUUAAGUUUCUUGUUCUCUUUCCAUUUCAGAGAAGAAGCAACAUUGGAAACGAAGCUUGGUUCUUAGGAUUGAUGACUAGAUAGACUGGAUUGCCAUGUCUUUGUACUUUGUAAAGUAGGCGUGGGACUCAUUUGUUGAGGACUCUUUUGGCUAGAAUGGAGACAAAUUGGUGUCCUCCUGACCCUUUAAUUGUCCAAUGUAUUAGUCCCUUUACUAUUAUUAUUGAACUAAAUGUAUAAAGUAAGUCUGCCUCUUAUUAUUUAUUCA